UUCAGGAUUCCAGCAGAUUUUCGAACUUUAAUAUCGUAUGAGUAUGAUAUCAGAAGUGGUGACACAAAAUCCACGGAUCCUUUGUAAAUGACCACGUCCAAAACUUCUUCGUGUGUCGAACUAUUUUCUCAAUUGAACGUGCACCUUUAGGUAAUCGGUGUCCCAACUAUUCCGAACAUACGUUUGUAUUGUAUUUGCAAAUAGAGUGUUUGGUUUAUGUGAAAAGAAUUUAAUGCAUUUAAUGUGUCUAAUACGUAUGAUAUAGUUAUAAUGAAUUUCCUGAUACCAGUACAUUUAUUUGCGUUUAGUUUAGCGGUAAAUAUUGCAAUAGCCGAAUUUUCAGCCGAUGAUUGUAGCAGCUUGGGUUUUAACAAAGCCAAUUUACUUUGUUCCACAUGCGAGGAAUUUAGUAAAUAUGCUUUGUCAGAAAUAAAGGAUAGCUGUAAAGGAUGCUGUUUGAAAGACGAUGAUUACGAUACAUCUGGUUCGAAACGUUAUCCGCGCGCCGUUCUUGAAGUUUGCACAUGUAAAUUUGGAGCAUAUCCGCAGAUCCAAGCUUUCAUAAAGAGCGAUAGGCCAAGUAAAUACAAAAACUUACAAAUAAAGUAUGUUAGAUAUUUAGAUCCGAUAAUUAAGUUAUACGAUGCAGACAAUAAAGUUGAAGACAUUUUGGACAUACAUAAAUGGGAUACAGAUUCUGUAGACGAGUUCUUAGCAACUCGUCUUUCUAUGGAUUAAUAUUACUUUGUAAUAAUUAAAUACACUUGUAUUUCAAUGUGUUAUGUAUUUUCAAUAUAAAUAACAUUUCUAGGAAUUUUCUAACCUCGUCGAAUCAAUAAUCUAAUCGUAAA